AUGAGGAUGGCCGCCGCCGCUCUGUGGAUCACCGCCUGCAGCUUGCUACUCUCGUUGUCCUUCUCAGGAGUCGAAGGCAUCGGCGUGAACUAUGGCAUGAUCGCCAACAACCUGCCGUCCCCUGACAAGGUGAUCGCGCUGUGCAAGGCCAAAAGCAUCACCGACGUCCGGCUGUUCCAUCCGGACACCAACGUCCUCGCGGCGCUCCAAGGCUCGGGCCUGGGCGUCGUCCUCGGCACCCUGAACGAGGACCUCGCCCGCCUGGCCUCCGACCCCUCGUUCGCCGCGUCGUGGGUGCAGGCCUACGUGCAGCCCUUCGCCGGCGCCGUCCGCUUCCGCUACGUGGCCGCGGGCAACGAGGUCAUCCCGGGGGACCUCGCCUCCUACGUCCUCCCGGCCAUGCAAAACCUCGAGUCCGCGCUCCGCGCCGCGGGGCUCGGCGGAGACGGCGGCGUGCGGGUCACCACGGCCGUGUCGACGUCCGUGCUGGGGUCCUCGUACCCGCCGUCGCAGGGCGCCUUCUCGGAGGCGGCGCUGCCGUCGAUGGCGCCCAUCGCGUCGUUCCUGGCGUCCAGGUCCACGCCACUGCUCGUCAACGUGUACCCUUACUUCGCCUACUCGGCCGACCCGUCGUCGGUGCCGCUCGACUACGCGCUGCUGCAGUCCGCGUCGGCGGCCGUGACGGACGGCGGGGCGUCGUACGGCAACAUGUUCGACGCCAUCGUGGACGCCGUCGUGGGGAACGCGGCGGCGUACGUGAACAACGUGGUGCGCCACGUCGGGAGCGGGCGCGGCACGCCGCGGCGGCCCGGGAAGGCCGUGGAGGCCUUCGUCUUCGCCAUGUUCAACGAGAACCAGAAGCCCGAGGGCGUGGAGCAGCACUUCGGCCUGUUCCAGCCCGACAUGACCGAGGUGUACCACGUCGAUUUCACGGCGGCAUCUUCCUCGUAG